GUUCUGUUGAAGGUUAUACUUAGCUCUGAACCGCAUUACUUUCCUGUCUACGUUUCAUUUCCUGGGGUCUUGCCAAGUGAUAAACAGACCCAGGCGUGCAGCAGGUUUGGGGUUUUUCUGCACAAACAGGGUAGCUGGAGUUUGCUUCAAGGCAUCAAUUGACUUCUGUGAUCGUGGAGAUGCUGGCGUGAGGCCUUCAGGAGACGAUGGAGAAAAAAUGGACAUAUUGUGCUGUCUGUUCCAUCAUCCAGAUACAUUUUGUCAGGGGAGUAUGGGGAAAAGCAUCCAAUGAAGAAGACAUCUAUGCUUUCCCUGGCUCUGAUGUCAACUUGACCUGCCAAACAUGGAAGAAAGACUUGUUGGUACAGAUGCAAUGGUCCAAGGUCACUGACAAGUUGGACCUGAUUGCUCUUUAUCAUCCCCAAUAUGGCUUGCACUGUGCCAAUGACAGUCCCUGUGAAUCACUGGUGACUUUCACAAAAACUCCCAGAAAUGUGUCAAAAUGGACCCUGCACUUAAAGAACGUGUCCUCUUCAUUCGCUGGGAAGUAUGAGUGUAGCUUUACUCUGUUUCCGGAGGGUGUUCGGACUAAAAUCUACAACCUGCUCAUUCAGACAAAUGUUACACAGGAUGAACGGAGAAGCAGCCAUUUAAUAGAAGUACAGAUAAAUCAGACUCUGGAAAUACCAUGCUUUCAAAAUAUCUCCUCAGAAAUUUCGUCUGAGUUCACCUUUGCAUGGUUGGUGGAAGAUAACGGAACUCAGGAAGCAUGUAUCACCCAAGGUCACUCCAUCAGCAAUUCCACACUAUUUAAAGACAGAGUCAAGCUAGGUACAGACUAUAAACUCUACCUCUCUCCAAUCCAAAUCCACGAUGACGGCCGGAAGUUCUCCUGCCACGUUAUGGUCAGACCUGGUAAAACCUUGAGGAACUCCACCACAGUCAAGGUUUUUGCUAAGCCAGAAAUCCCCAUGAUUAUGGAAAAUAACUCUACGGAUGUCUUGGGAGAGAGAACAUUUACCUGCUCCCUGAGGAAUGUAUUUCCCACAGCAAAUCUCACGUGGUUUAUAGAAGGAGGCUUUCCUCAAGGUGAAAAAGAAGAAAUAUACAUCACUAAUGAAGAGAGAAAAGACAAAAGUGGAUUUUGGGAGCUGAAGUCUGUUUUGACAAGGGUGUAUGGUAAUAAGCCAGCCCAACCAAACAACCUGACCAUCUGGUGCAUGGCUAUGUCCCCAGUCCCUGGAAAUAAAGUGUGGAAUAUCUCGUCUGAAAAGAUCACUUUUUCUUUGGGCUCCAUGAACCCUCCGACAGACUCUCCACUUAAUGUUGUCACACCUACCCUUGGCACCCGAACUUCUCCAGCCAACAGAGUAUCUCCUACAAGAUAUCCAGCUACAUCAUCAACAACCCUUGGAGACGUGGGUACAUCGACUCCAAAUACCAUCCCUCAAACCAGCAAUUCCAAUGCGACUACCCAAGGCUUCAACUACUCCUGGACCUCGAGCGGGAAAGAUACCAAAAACUGCACACGUGACUCAGCUCCAUGGAUGCCCAGUGAAACAGACAGUUCAUCCCCCUCAGGUGUAGGCUCAACAAUUCAAGGUGAUGUCUUCACCAGCACAACCAGAACAUCUUCAGAAGUUCCCACAACUGCCAAAUCUACUAACAACAGUCACAUCCAUAUCACUGGUAUCGUGGUUAAUAAACCUAAAGAUGGAAUGUCCUGGCCAGUGAUCGUAGCAGCCUUGCUCUCUUUCUGCAUGGCAUUGUUCGCUCUUGGAGUGAGAAAAUGGUGUCAGUACCAGAAAGAAAUCCAUUACCAUGAGAAGAACAUUUUCAGUUCUAGCCUGCUAGCUCCAAGCAGAAGAGAGACCCAUACAGCAGAGCAGAACCACCCAAGCCAAGCCCAGUCUAGAUCAAACACCCUCCAGUCUACCUCAAAGGCUCCUGAAUGUCUCGAGUUGCAACAAUGAUGUCACUCUUCCUGGAGAUGACUGAUGCCAAUGAUUUACUUGAAAGACUGUGUUUCUCCAUCUGUUCUUCAUUAUACUGACUUAUCUUCCUAAAGUACAAUAUUCUCAGCUGAGAUUCUUCACGCAAGUUUUUUAAAUUACAAAAGCGAUGUAAAAAUAUUAUAAAACCUUGGAAAAGAAAGAGCAAAAGCAAUACACGUUCCCACCUAUCAAACAUGAGCCUGUAAUCUAAGGCUUUUGCUACCUACGAGUGUGGUCUGAACCAGCACAGCCACAAACUUAGGAAUGCAGAAUCUGUGCCCAUCUCAGAACAGUGCAAUCAGAAUAUGAUAGAUUUACACAUUAAUGUGUGAAAAUCACCCCUCUAAGACACGACAGAGAACCCCCAAGCUUCUGCCUCCUUCUAACAAACAGCACCCGCUAGACACCAAGUACAAAUACCGUGAUUUCAUCUGCAAGAUCUCUCCCAGGACUGACUCAAGAAUAUAUGAAAAACAUACGAAGAGAGUGUCGCCUUCUUUGGAGCUGUUUUCUUGUCCAAAUCAAGUAGUUGUGAUCAAAAAAGCUGCCAAUUUCAUAGAGGUGCAAACCUUCUUGUCUUCAGUGAUUCCACUUCUCUUGUUUUUGAAUUUUCACAGUGCUGUCUCUAAGUCUAAAGUUUCACGCUUUUUUAAUAUGCUCACUCCUUCCUCCAAGAGCUCAAAACUCAAGGGGAAGAAAAGACAUUGAAAUGGACAUUCCACAAUAGAGCUUAAAGCACACAUUUUGCUUGCCUUGGCCAGUUUCAUAAAGUUUUGUGUUUAGAAAUUCUUUUUAAAAGGUUUGAAGCUCAAGGAAAGCCCAGAAAGGUGACAUUUCAAAAGUAAAUGUUGUGCUCGUC